AAGCUACCAGCCAUCUUCCAGCAUCUCCACCUCGCCGUUCCCGUUCCCCGCAUCACCUCACAGGCGCGAGAGCCAGCGGAUAGCUGCUCGCCGCCGUCUCGCUUCCGGCGAUCGCCGCAGGGUUCGAUCCAUAGGCUCUCCGUCGACGGUCAUGGUGAUCCUUGCCCGCACGCCGGGCGGCGCCUCCAGCCCGCUCCGGAGGUCCUCGCCUAGGGUUCCUCGGGAGACGGCCUCGCCGCCCUCCGACCCCAUCCUCCCAUACCUCAGGUCUAUCAGCAGGGCCAUGGAUGAGCUCGGGACAGGGUCACAGUGUGACGCAGCAGCUUUAGAACGCCUCAAGUGUUACUUGACCGAAUGCAUUAAAAAAUAUGGGGAUGAGUACCAGUACUCCACUGACCCACGACUCCUCAACAUCUGGAUUCUCUAUGCGGAUGUAACUGAGGCCUUCCCCAAGGUUUACAAACAGCUGGAGGAUAAAAGAAUGUUCUUGGAGCAUGCACUGCUCUAUGAAUCAUAUGCAUUGCAUCUCUGUGCUGAGGGGAAAGUGCAGGAGGCUGAUAAGGUGUAUGCGACCGGUAUCUCCAGGAAAGCGGAACCCCUGGAUCAUUUGAAGAAAACACACUUAACAUUUUUGAAACAUUUGGAGCAUUUUGUAGAAGAGGAAGAUGUGGAUGCACAGCCAUCUAAAAAGCAGAAGAAUGAACCUAGCGUGGUAGAUCCAUGGUCUGCAUCUACUAGGAACACUUUACUGGAAAAAAUUAACAGUGACCUCAGGAAGUUUGCUGGAUACUACAAGAGUAACAAGGUCUACUACGGAAAGGUGGCCUUAACUUCUUCGCUGAAUAUUUUAAGAAACAAGGUCAUUGAGUUAGGUGGCAGAAAGUAUCAGAUCAAAGGAUCUCCUGGCACUGGUGCUUUUGCUAAAGUAUACAAAGCAACUGUUGAUGGUAAUGCAGAAGAAAUGGUUGCUUUGAAGAUUCAGAAUCCCCCAUUUCCUUGGGAAUUUUACAUGUAUCGCCAACUUGAUAUGCGUAUAUCUGAAGUUGAGCGACCAAGCUUCGGAUAUGCUCACGAAAUCCAUAUCUUCUCUGAUGUCAGCGUGUUAGUCUGUGAUUACCUGCCGUAUGGAACCCUUCUGGAUGUUAUAAAUUCCCACUUAGUAGUCGGUCGGUACAUGGAUGAGGUCCUGUGCAUGUAUUAUACCAUCGAGAUGCUGAAGAUGCUGGAAACACUGCAUAGUGUUGGCAUAAUCCAUGGUGAUUUCAAACCUGAUAACAUGCUUGUUUGCUACCUAAGUGGACAUAUAACAGAAGAGACCUUCAGAAGCGAAACAAGGGACGAGCAGAAUCAGGGGCUCUGCCUUGUUGACUGGGGUCGUGGCAUUGAUCUGAAUCUUUUCCGCGCCGGCACGGAGUUCCACGGGGACUGUGGAACGUCAGGAUUCCGCUGCGUCGAGAUGCAGGAGGAUAGAAACUGGACGUAUCAGGUCGACACAUACGGCCUCUGCGCCAUCGUGCACAUGAUGCUACACGGGGCAGAGAUGAGCGUCCAGAAGGUGCCCAGGGCAGGCGGGGGCUACGAAUACCAGCCGAGGCUGCCGUUUAGAAGGUACUGGAACGUGGAGCUGUGGAGGAAACUCUUCACCAUGCUGCUGAACGCGCCCUCCAACGGCAGUGACGUGACGGCGCUCCGGGGCCUGCGCGCGUCCUUCCGGGAGCACAUGUGCAGCGACCGGCAGCUCGUCGGCAAGCUGAACCAGCAGCUGGCGAAGCAGAAGGCCUCCCUGUGCUCGUCCUGAUAAGAUGAGGCGCACCGGCCGACGUAUCCCAUGCCGUGUUGUGAGUUGUGACAGUCCCCGGGGAGCCCUCCCCGUCUAAUCCCGAGCACUGCUGGUGCCUGCGAUCCCCAUGUAAUGUAUCUCCUACUAGCGUGAACGGAAAAUCUGUCACGUCAGUUAAGUUAUGGGGUAUCUAUCUAUCUAUCUGUCUAAACGAAA